AUGGAAUGCUUUCGAGCCAAUUCACUGCAAAGGAGUAAUUGUCAGCAAACACUUUUUCGUCACCAUCCGAGAAUGCUACGACCAAAAGAAAAUUUCCAAAAACGAAAUUGCGGCUGGAGAAGUUUUCGUCCGAUACGGCGCAUUUUCCCAAAAUUCGAUGGCCGAUUCGAGAUCGUGGACGAGAUUCGAAUUCAGUACUACCACGUCGUUUUGAAGGCGCGCGGCGAUUUUAUUCUCGGCGAGUAUUCCAAGCCCGCGAAGAUGAUGUCCUGGCCAGAAGUCGAGAAAAAUAUUUAUAAACGUCAAGGAAACAAGUCGCAUAAAGACAAAGAUCGCUGCGUGAUAAUCGGUCCGAAAAUGAACCCGACUAAUCCAGAUGCUCAUUUCAAUGUGAUCAAAUGGAGCAUUUGGUCAAACAAGAAGCAUCUCGAGGGGUUCAGAGGCCACGAAGGCGUCUGGUGGGCCAAGCCCAAGGGCCAGAAGCCUUAUUCUCCCGAAGAAUCAGAUCUUGGGGCGCCGGCGUUUUGCUGGAAUUUCGAGAAACACGAAUGGCAGGUUUUCGGCUUCGUCCUCCAGCAACUGCCAAGAAACGACGAGAAUUUUGGAAUUCUAGAGCGAAUCGUAAUCGAGUUCUAUCAAAUCAGAGAAGAGAGAAUUGAAAUGUACGAACAUAACAAGCCAAUUUGGGAGAAAAUCAACCAGAACAUGAUUGGAAGAAAAGAACUGAGAAAUGAGCUUUGA